AUGGAUUUAUUGUCGUUUGUGGUGCUUGACACGAGUUAUUACGGUAAGGACCAAUUUAAGGCUUACAGAAGUCUGCAGUCUUCUAACCAAUUGGUUUCAGGGUUUGUAAAUAGCGUUAAAGGACAAAAAAAUAGGUAACAACUACAUAGUUUCUGGGAAAAUCCGACAUUCACAAAGAAUUAAUGAUCCAUUUGUCGCACUUUGGAUAAUAACCGGACACAAUGGUACAGUUCUCUUUGCUCACUGUGUGGGAUGCAUGGCGGUUCAAGGGGAGUGCUGCUCGCACAUUGCAAGUGUUUUGUUCUACAUCGAGGCAUGGAAUCGGAUAGACUCAAAAUUAACCUGUACACAGGUAAAAAGCACCUGGCUGUUACAAACUGCUGUGAAAGAAGUUCCUAAUGCCCCAGUCGCUGACAUUGAUUUUCGCUCAGCAAAGAAACUUAAAUAA